AUGGCUGGUCCUUUCAAGUUGGCAUCAUUUAACAACCCCGGGACGCAGUACCUCAAUGAAAAUUACGACGGUGCAAGGACCUUGUGGAGUAUUUCUGCCUUGUGUUACCCCUCUACUAAUACAUACUUUCUUGGAGUGAAGACUGGAACAAAUUCUCAUACAGUAGCAUGUGAGACGUGUACAGUUUCUUCAAACACAGCCCCAGGACUUCUCUACCUGUCAGGGAACACAGUCUACAAGUCAGCAUGCUCGGUCACAAGCUGCGGUAGUUGUCCAUCAUGUACAGCGUGUUCUACCAGUAACGGGUGUAUGACUGCAACCACUUACUCUAUUACUAUACAGUGUUAUACAACGUCUUAUGAUAACAAUGACUCUGGAACAUCUACUCUUACCGUUAGUGCUGCAGCAGAAACACCGACGUUGACAAUAAGCCUUCCAGGUACAAUUUUAUAG